AUGUCGCACGGCAUCGAAGAGUCCAAACGGGCGGCUGCAGUCCAAGCAGUCAGGGAGAAUUUCCCACCCGACCCACGCUUUGUCGGCAUCGGAUCCGGCACAACCAUUGUAUAUGUCGUCGAAGCCAUCAAUGCCCUCGAGCAGGACGUAUCCCGCGUCUGCUUCGUCCCUACAGGCCACCAAUCCCGCCAAUUGAUCCUGGAUGCCGGGUUGAAGGCCGUUCAAUUCGACUCCAUACCCGAGGAAGCAGUGCUGGACAUCUGCUUUGACGGCGCAGACGAAGUAGAUGAAGAUCUCAACUGCAUAAAAGGCGGAGGAGCAUGUUUGUUCCAAGAAAAGCUCGUGGCUAUGCGAUCUAAGAAAUUCAUAUGCGUUGCUGACCAGCGUAAACUGCAAUCCCGCCUCCUAACCUCCUGGCCCUCCAUCCCCAUCGAAGUAGCCCCCAUCGCCGCCCGACAAGUCCUGGUCCGACUCCGCGAGCUCGGCUCCCCCUCCCCACAUCUAAGAGAAGGCCACACCCCUAACGGUAGCCCCCUGAAAACCGACCAGGAUUUCUUCAUCAUCGAUGCACCCUUCCCGCGCCUCCUCACCUCCUCAGACCGCAAAUCCACCUCCACCUCUACCUCCACCACCCCACGGCACAACGCCGGUGUCAGCAAUAACGGCGCAGACAACGACAGCCGAUCAGAAGGCCGCGGCAAAGACGGCAUCUGGGAAGUCGAACACCUGGCCAACGCGAUCAAGUCCAUCGAAGGGGUGUUGGAGGUGGGCAUUUUCAGCGGUAGGACGGGACCCGAGGCGUUUUGGGGUGGCGGAUGGGAGCGUGACGGUGCGGAGGGCGAGUCCCAAGGUAGAUGA